GUCCUGUUUGUCAAUCUCAAUUAUGACGCGACGAUUUGUGGGUCAAGUUGCCGAUAAAGAAACGAACUGGACAACGAGAGGUUGUCAAUGUCUGACAGUUUGCUGUGUUGACUUGCCUUCGUAAAGGGCUGGAAACUUAAGACACAUCUGAUUGGCAUACAUUUCAUGAACACACGAAAUAGAUAAGAUCGUCCACUACUAACAGGAUUUACAAACGAAAGGCGUGCGUGACAAGUUCGAUCACUUUCGGUGUACAUUUCAUUUCACUUAUAAUCUGUCAGAGGUUGCCCGUUGAACUGAAGAAUGUGGAUUGAAACAUACGGAGUAUAAUCUGGACUACAUUUUACAGAAUGAAUUUCAUAUAUGUUGGAUUAAUGACGUCACUCCUUACAACCUUACCAGGUGCAGACGGCCUCGACUGUUUCCGGUGUGUCCGCGCAUGGACGGUCCGAGAGUGUAUGCAGAGUGACCCCAUCACGUGCGGCUGGGGUCAGAUAUGCUACACGACAAUAGAGAGAGGGGGCUUCGAGGGCAAAAAAUACACAAAGGGGUGUAUGGAUGAUAGUCACUGCUACAGUCUACAAAAUGUCAACGGCAACUGUGAACAGGAUCCGUCCUCCUGUGUUUACUGCUGUGAAGGGGAGUUGUGUAAUGCAGCUAUGACGUCACUUCCUGUUGGAAUUAUUUUAUAUAUGUUAACGUCAUCAUUAAGUGUGUACUUGUGUCGAUGACUAAUUAUUCCAACUGACCAGUUUCCGUCCAAGUCAAAAGCAUGUUAUAGACCAGUUACUAAUGUGUCCUUUACAGUUAUUUACAUAUGUUACAUACGCUGAGUUCAAGAUAAAAGGGUCUAAGUGAUCAGAAACAACGCUUCUGUAUGUAUUCGUGCUAGGGAAUACCCAGGGGUUCCCCAGGAAUGAGGAAGUGGUCCGUCAGUGAUUACGUCACUUCAAGAAUACAGUCUCGUGAAAAACGUUUACACGUCAAAUUGUAUUCGCGGUAUGGUGUAAACUUCACAUUAAAAACUAUACAAUGGAGUUCCGGCAGCCAGCUGUCACCGAAGUUUAUAUAUAUCGUAUAUAUGCCAAUAUCGUUAAUAUACAAUUUGUCCGUGUAAUGUAAAGUUAACCCUUGUACAUGCUAAUAUGACCGUAUAGGUGUUACCUUGUUGCAUGUUUGUAUGAGUUUGGGGAAAUGGUUUGUUCAAGUCUCAAAUAAAACCUUCAAGCACA